CGACACCAUCAAGGUUAUUGUCUAAGCCGAGGCCGUUGAAUAUCCGACAAUUGCUCACUUACGUCAUCGCCCCUAAUUGCCGCAUCAACACACGUCACGGGUGCCCCACCGGCUCGACUUUUCCCUUUCGGAUGUGCACGCUUAUGUAGAUACAUCACAAGCUUCACCUGAACGGCAUCGGAUCCCUUUGCCAAACCCCACGGGCCGCCUGAUAUUCUCAUACUUGCAGGCAUUAUAUGUCGGGCCCCACCUCGAAUCCAGAUUGGAACGGAAGCGGCAGUUCCGCCUAUGGCACCUUUCCUCGACCACGACUUAGCUCCAACCAAAGUCGCACCAGCUAUGAUAGCUCUACUGUACAUAGCAAUGGCGGCGAUGUAUCACCAAAGCGCAUGCCCUCAAGACAUAUAGAGUUUCGCAAGUACUUGAAACGACCCCAUCUCACCGAAAGCCAGCGUACUCUAAGUGAUGCCCUACGUGCGGCGAAGAGCAGAGAAGAGCAGGAAACUUUGCUGCCAGAUGAUGAUCAUGCAGGCUCAGAUGGGUGCUUCAAUGGAGUAGGCGAACCUUUGGGACCCAGGGAUGUAUUUACUCCUUAUCCGCAUUCAAAUCUGAAAGUGUACUAUAACAUCCACCGAAUACGACGCCUGAUUCUAGCUGUGAUUGAGGAUCCAUAUACGACGGAACAACUCAGGGAACCCCGUAUGAAUAUCCUGAUUGUCAAGCCGCUUGUUGAUCGGCUGUACGACGAAGAAGACAUAUCCAUCGUUUACUGUCUUCUCGUCAAUCGGAUGCAGUUCUUACGAGAACAGCAAUUUCAACAACAUCACCGAACUGUUGACCUCACACGCGCCAAUCUCUGCGAGCUUGUAGCUAUGAAAGUCCUGCGACGACACGACGAGGAAAGCACCGGAAAACCAGGCCUUCUACACCUAGCUCAGAUUCUCGUAGCUCCAUUCCAGCCAUUCCAAGGUGCACCCGACGAGCGCUGUCCACCGCGACAUGUCUCAGAGUACCAGGGCCAAGGAGAUUACGAAGGUAAACUGACUGCGCUGGAAGUCGCCAUCGUGUCCGAGAGUAAGGUGUUGCUUAGCAGCUCAGGGAGUCAAAAAGUCAUUGAUGCCGUGUACCGCGGACGUAUCGUGUAUACCCCAACUACAUUCAUCGACAUCAUUCCUGAUCACUAUAAGCACAAACCAAUAUCGCUAUACGAUCCUCGGAAAGCACCGCUACUAAAUCAAUACCGUCUCAUGGUGCCAAGGACCCGCAACAUCAUCGAAGUCGUACAAUUCAUCAUACUGCUUGCUUUGUAUAGCUGGUGUAUGUCGGUGCGGAAAGAUCAUUUUCUUACCAAUGCUGAGAUCAUUUUCAUAUUAUAUGGUGGUGGCUGGGUCCUGGACGAACUGAUAUCGUGCCUAGAACACGGAUGGGAGGUACACACACAAGAGCUCUGGGCCUUCUUGGAUGUCACUUUCGCCGGCAUAUUUCUCAUUUACUUUAGCAUGCGUGUCCAUGGCUGGGUAGUUGGCAAUGAUGAAACGGGCAGGCAGGCACUCGACGUUCUUGCCAUCGCCUCGCCAAUCCUGUUUCCACGCAUCGCAUUCAACCUCAUGCCGGAGAAUAUGCUCUUCAUUGCACUACGAGCCAUGGUAAAGGAAUUCACUGCGUUAAGCCUCAUUGCUAUCUGGUGCUUCGGCGGUUUCUUGCUCGCUCUGAAGUGGCUGAGCAUCAGCAAUCCCGAAGUCGGCUACGAAGACUCGCCAAAUAGCAUCACCAUCUCCAAAUGGAUGCUUUGGAUUUGGUUCGGUCUAGAUGGCCAGGGCAUCGACGAAGCGCCAGGAUUUCACGAGAUCCUCGGUCCCAUAUUGAUGGUGAUAUACGCUUUCAUUGGUAAUACGCUCUUCCUCACAGUCCUGGUCUCCAUACUCAGCAACACAUUCUCCAAGAUCGCUGCCGAUGCGACCGCCGAGAUUCAAUUCCGACGCGCAGUCCUCACUUUCGAAGGUGUAAAAUCCGACUCUCUCUUCGCCUAUCGCCCACCCUUUAACCUCCUCGCCUUCGUCAUCCUACUCCCCCUAAAGUUUCUUUUGACACCACGCUGGUUCCACAAGAUAAACAUAACAGCAGUUCGCGUCCUCAACUUCCCGAUUCUCCUCGCCAUUGCGUAUCAUGAGCGCGCCGCGCUCUGGAAACCCUCUCGCCGCCAAUCUCUUUCUGGCCCUGGCCCAUCCAAACGCUCAACGUGGCUCUUCGAUUCUGAUUUCUGGGGGAAAUGGAAGCGAAUGAGUCCGCAUGCUGACUUACAAGCGGUGUUUGAGGAAGAGCCGCCUAACGAUGUGGUGCAGAGGAUUGAGGAGGAAGAUGAUCUUGAGGAUGCAAUCUUGGAAAAUAGCUUUGCUGCGACAGCGGGAGCGGACAGGAGGAGUAUUAGCCCUGGGAGUGCAAUGACGAGGAGGAGGAGACUGAGCAGUGUGUGGCCGGGUUCGGCGUCGUAGGGUGUAUUGAAGUGUCGAUGGUUCAUAGUUGUGGGCGCACGCAAGUCUGUAUAGGUAGUUCAAUUCGUCAUAACCCGAUACUCUGUAUUGUUUAGAAAUUGCUUUACAAAAGGAAAAGGCUAUC